AGGAACGGAGUGGAGAGCACUGAAGAACAAUUUUAGCUCUGCGUGUCUCUCUUCUAAUCUAAAAGUCGCCAUUGUCGUCAAUCUCGCAGGAGGGUCACGAAGAUCAUGGGUCUCUUCUCUUCAAAGGGUUUUUUGUUUAAGAAUGCACCAGUAUUUGCUCUUGGAUACUACACAAAUGAUGCUUUAACCCCUAAUGCUAAUAAGAUAAUCAAAGAAGCCAAAGAGUGCUUGGCUGAAUGCAAGUCCUUAGUAAAGAGGGCUGAGGCUGAACUAGCUAAGCUGGAAAAAAUGGAAAGAAAUAUGCUCCAUCUAUUUAAGACUAGGAUGGAAGAGUUGGGAGAAAUGAAAAUGGCCGAUGAACGAUAUUCGCAAGAAGAAACUGAGCGCAGUUACAUACGACGAAAUGGAUCUGAAGAAGCUAUCUGAUUUGGUGCAGAGACUGAAGACAGAAUAUGAACUCUUUAAAAACUAAGUAGCUCAAGCUUUUGUUGAUCUGACCUUGGGUUAAUUCUUAACUUUUGAGUUCUGUUAGUAAAUGGAAAUGUUAAUCCUGAGUAUGUAUCAACUUAUGAGUAACAUGAUCUAGUUUGUUUUGUUGUUAGUAAAUCAUAUUUAACCUUAAA